UCUCUCUCUCUAAAACCCUUGUUUCUCUCUCCAAAACCCCCUGUUGCCAUCGCACCUUUCUUCGCCUCAAAUCCUCUCUAUAUUCUCAUGAAUCUGAUCCCUCCAAAUAUAAAAAGCAACUCCAUUAUGUUCAUCAAUUAAAUCCUUAUCAGGAAUCCAUUCAGAUCUUCCACAAGAUCUCUCUAUCGUUAUUGUUCUUAGUGAGGUCAGAUGCAUUUAGAUCUGAAGCCUUCGACUCAGCUUUCCUAAAUAUUUAAGUUCUGAGAAAACUCAGAUGAUGCACAGACCUCCUCCCCAUGAUGAUUUCUCACUCAAGGAGACCAAACCCCACCUCGGUGGAGGGAAGGUCGCAGGGGAUAAGCUCACUAGCACGUAUGACCUUGUGGAACAAAUGCAAUACCUAUAUGUACGUGUAGUAAAAGCAAAAGAAUUACCUGCGAAAGAUGUCACUGGUAGUUGCGACCCUUACACAGAGGUUCGGCUGGGAAACUAUAAGGGAACAACUCGCCAUUUUGAGAAAAAAUCAAAUCCUGAGUGGAACCAGGUGUUUGCUUUCUCCAGAGACAGGAUUCAGUCUACUAUGCUUGAGGUCUCUGUAAAGGAUAAAGAUGUUAUGAAAGAUGAUUUCAUGGGCUGGGUUUUAUUUGAUCUUAGUGAGGUUCCAAAGAGGGUGCCACCUGAUAGUCCUCUGGCUCCUCAAUGGUAUAGAUUGGAAGACAAGAAAGGGAACAAGCUCAAGGGAGAGCUGAUGUUAGCUGUGUGGUGGGGUACGCAAGCCGAUGAAGCAUUUCCUGAAGCAUGGCAUUCAGAUGCUGCUUCUGUUGGUGGAGCUGAUGGUCUUGCCAAUAUCCGUUCAAAGGUGUAUCUUUCACCUAAACUUUGGUAUCUCAGAGUUAAUGUGAUUGAAGCACAGGACUUGAUACCCAGUGAUAGAACUAGGUUCCCCGAAGUUUUUGUCAAGGCCAUUCUUGGAAAUCAGGCUUUGAGGACUAGAGUAUCUAUGAACAAGUCUAUCAAUCCUAUGUGGAAUGAGGACUUGAUGUUUGUAGCUGCAGAACCAUUUGAAGAGCACUUGAUUUUGAGUGUGGAAGACAGGGUUGCGCCUAACAAGGAUGAAGUUCUUGGAAUGUGUGCAAUUCCUCUGCAGUAUGUGGAUCGGAGGUUAGACCACAAAGCCAUCAACACAAGGUGGUUUAAUCUGGAGAAACAUGUUAUCGUUGAUGGGGAAAAGAAAAAGGAAGUCAAGUUUGCUAGCAGGAUUCACAUGAGAAUUUGCUUGGAAGGUGGUUAUCAUGUUCUUGAUGAAUCUACUCACUACAGUAGUGAUCUUAGGCCAACAGCUAAGCAGUUAUGGAAGAGUAGCAUUGGGGUUCUUGAGGUCGGAAUCUUGAGCGCCAAUGGGUUAACACCAAUGAAGCCAAAAGAUGGAAGGGCUACAACAGACGCAUAUUGUGUGGCCAAGUAUGGGACAAAGUGGGUCAGAACAAGAACAAUAAUAGACAGUUUUACUCCGAAAUGGAAUGAGCAGUAUACUUGGGAAGUUUUUGAUCCAUGCACGGUUAUAACCAUCGGUGUGUUUGAUAACUGCCAUUUGCAAGGUGGGGAUAAGGCUGGAGGGUCAAGGGAUUUAAGGAUUGGAAAGGUCAGGAUUCGUCUUUCAACACUUGAAACUGAUCGUGUUUACACUCAUUCUUACCCCCUUUUACUUUUGCAUCCAUCUGGGGUGAAAAAGAUGGGCGAGAUUCAUUUGGCAGUAAGGUUCACUUGCUCAUCAUUGCUGAAUAUGAUGCACAUGUACUCACAACCACUCUUGCCCAAAAUGCACUACAUUCAUCCUUUAACUGUCACCCAGCUUGAUAGCCUGAGGCACCAGGCCACUCAGAUCGUCUCCAUGAGGCUCAGCCGGGCUGAGCCACCCUUGAGGAAAGAAAUUGUGGAGUAUAUGCUGGAUGUGGGUUCUCACAUGUGGAGUAUGAGAAGAAGUAAAGCUAAUUUCUUCAGAAUCAUGGGAGUAUUGGGUGGUUUGAUUGCAGUUGGGAAAUGGUUUGAUCAGAUAUGUAAUUGGAAGAAUCCCAUCACCACUGUCCUCAUCCACAUCCUUUUCUUGAUAUUGGUCUUGUAUCCAGAGCUUAUUCUGCCCACUAUUUUUCUCUAUCUCUUUCUAAUUGGAGUUUGGUACUACAGAUGGAGACCAAAGAAGCCUCCCCACAUGGACACUCGCCUCUCUUGUGCAGAUAAUGCACACCCUGAUGAACUAGAUGAAGAAUUCGAUACCUUUCCCACAUCUCGGCCGGCUGAUAUCAUAAGGAUGAGGUACGAUCGUUUGAGGAGUAUUUCUGGAAGGAUUCAGACGGUGGUUGGCGAUUUAGCAACACAAGGAGAGAGGCUUCAGUCGUUACUCAGCUGGAGAGACCCCAGAGCCACAGCACUGUUUGUAAUUUUCUGUUUAAUCGCUGCUAUUGUUCUGUAUGUCACACCAUUCCAAGUUGUGGCCCUUCUGACUGGCUUCUAUGUGUUAAGACAUCCAAGGUUCCGCCACAAGCUACCUUCGGUCCCACUCAACUUCUUUAGAAGAUUACCAGCGAGGACUGAUUGCAUGCUAUGAGAAAAGCUCGGCUUCAUCAUUUACCAAAAUCAUCCAUUUGUUUGUCUUUGCAGGUCCAGAGAAGGUGUUGACUCAAAAAGGAGUUUCUUUCCAGCAAAAAAUAUCAAUCCUGGUAUGGAACAUAGAAACAGCAUUUUGUACAUCCUGUGGUUUCACAGGGUCGUCCGUCGUUCUCAACUUUAAACUUGACUAUGUCACCUUUUGGUUAGUAGUUUUUUAGGUCGUGAUUUUUGUUUGAAUCUAUCCAUAGCUGUUAUUAAUUAGUAGGGUCAUGGCUGUUAUUAAAUAUCUUGGACUGGCAGUAAACUUCUUCUAUCAAAUGUUUCUUUAAUUAGGAGGGAAUUUUCAUUUCUGUUCAGUUGGUUUCUUG